CUGCAAUUAAUUCCCUGAAUAGACUUAUUGGUAGGGUUUAUGGUUUGGGAUGUGGUAACUUAAACCUAUCUCUGAAUUCACCUCCGCGUCUCAUCCGCCAACUUCAGUUCACGGGACGAUUGAUACUAAUUCAUGGGGGCGAUUGAUUUCUGCAAUACUUCAUCAAUUUGCAUUGCCAGGUCCAGACCCUGCCGCGGAAUUGAAGCAAAUUGGAGGAGGAGAAUCGCCGUCAUGGCAUCUUCUUCUGUGCCGGUCAAGGAGGAGAGUCAGCCAAGACAAGUUGUCGAUGGGGCUUCUUUUAUCCGUCCCCAUCUCCGGACUCUCAAGCCCUAUCAGCCCAUUUUGCCUUUCGAGGUAUUAUCUGCUCGACUUGGCAGGAAGCCUGAGGAUAUUAUAAAAUUAGAUGCCAAUGAGAACCCGUAUGGUCCGCCUCCUGAGGUAUUAGAGGCUUUGGGGUCUAUAGAAUUCCCCUAUAUUUAUCCCGAUCCUGAAAGUCGUAGAUUGCGUGCUGCACUUUCUGAAGAUUCUGGACUUGAAUCUGAGUAUAUUCUUGCUGGGUGUGGUGCAGAUGAACUGAUUGAUUUGAUAAUGCGGUGUGUAUUGGAUCCUGGAGAAAAAAUUGUUGACUGUCCACCAACAUUUACAAUGUAUGAAUUUGAUGCGGCUGUAAAUGGGGCACAUGUUAUCAAGGUACCUCGAAACCCAGACUUUAGCUUGGAUGUGGAAAGGAUUGCUGAAGUUGUUGAGAAGGAAAAACCAAAAUGCAUAUUUCUGACAUCCCCUAAUAACCCAGAUGGGAGUAUAAUCAAUGAUACAGAUCUACAGAAAAUACUUAAUAUGCCAAUAUUGGUUGUACUUGACGAAGCAUACAUUGAAUUUUCGGAAAUUGGGUCUAAGAUGACAUGGGUGAAGAAGCAUGAAAAUCUCAUUGUUCUACGGACAUUCAGCAAAAGAGCUGGUCUAGCUGGACUCCGUGUCGGAUAUGGAGCAUUUCCUCGGAGCAUUAUUGAGUACCUUUGGAGAGCAAAGCAACCAUAUAAUGUAUCUGUUGCUGCUGAGAUUGCUGCAUGUACCGCAUUACAGAAUCCUGACUAUCUCGAGAAAGUUAAAGUUGCACUUGUACAGGAGCGGGAAAGGCUCUAUAAUCUCUUGAAAGAAGUACCAUUUCUUAACCCGUAUCCAAGCCACUCUAAUUUCAUUCUUUGCAAGGUUGCAUCUACAAUGGAUGCUAAAAAAUUAAAGGAAGAUCUUGCAUUGAUGGGCGUGAUGAUUCGUCACUAUGAUAACAAGGAACUACGGGGCUUUGUUCGUGUCUCUGUUGGAAAACCCGAGCACACCGAUGUUCUGAUGAAGGGCCUAAAGCACUUCUAUUGAUCUCGGAAGGUAUUGAAGAUACAAAACGCACCUCCUCCCUGGCUACUAAGGCAAUCCCGGCAAACUGGUGAAUUUAACACUUGGUAGCCUCAUUGUAAGCCCAUUUGUAUUUGUACUUUUAUUUGAGAUAAUAGAGUUACAUUGGUGGACAUUUGCACACAAAUAAUAUUGUGAACCAGAGUUACGUUGCAAUGUAACUGUUUAUACGUGCAUUUGGUGCUAUUUUCAAGUUUUUACUCAAU